AUGGCCAUGGGGUUGGGGUUUCGGAUGAGCAAGGAGGCGGCGGGCAGCCACGCGGUGUCGUUCUUCCUCGGCGCGGCGCUGCCCACUGCCCUCCUCUUCUUCCUCGCGUCCGACCGCCUCGGCGAGGGCUUGUCCAGCAUCUCGCGCAGCUGGGGGAACGGGCCGGCGGGCGGCGACGAUGCAAAUGAGGUCAUGUUCAAGGGCCUAGCCGAGCUGCUACCGAGGGUUGCCAUGGACGACAGGACGGUGAUCAUCACGUCGGUGAACGACGCAUGGGCGCAGCCGGGCUCCCUGCUGGACCUUUACCUCGACAGCUUCAAGAACGGCGAGGACACCGCGCACCUCCUCGACCACCUCCUCGUGGUCGCCCUCGACGCCCGCGGUUUCGACCGCUGCAGGACCGUGCACCCUCACUGCUACCUCCUCAACGCCACGUCCGUGGACAUGAGCUCCGCCAAGCCGUUCAUGAGCCCGGACUACCUGGAGCUCGUCUGGACCAAGCUCGUCUUCCAGCAGCGCGUGCUGGAGCUCGGCUACAACUUCCUCUUCACGGACUGCGACAUGGUAUGGUUUCGCAACCCGUUCCGGCACUUCCCCGUGUACGCCGACAUGAGCUGCUCGUCGGACGACUUCAAGCCAUCGCGUGCGCCGCUGGACAACCCGCUCAACACCGGCCUCUACUACAUGAAGUCGACGAACCGGACCAUCGAGAUGAUGAAGUACUGGCGGGCGGCUAGGGAGAGGUUCCCGGGGCAGCACGACCAGGCGGUGUUCGUCAACAUCAGGCACGAGCUUGUCGGCAAGCUGCAUGUCAAGAUCGAGCCGCUGGACACGGUGUACUACGGCGGGUUCUGCGAGUACCACGACGACCCAGAGAAGGUCUGCACCGUCCACGCCGACUGCUGCGUUGGGCUGGACACCAAGGUGCACGAUCUCAAGGACUUCGCCGCGGACUGGAAGAACUACACGAGCCUGACGCCGGAGGCUAGGCAGAAGGGUGCUUUCAAGUGGACGUACCCGACUAGGUGCCGGGAUUCCAUAGGUUGGCGUAAGCCUUGA